AACUCUGGGCCCGGAGAGCCCCGCAGAGGUGCCGGCGGGAAGAGCCGGCGGGCACCAUGACUCCCGUGAGGACCCAGCACUGCUUGGCAGGUCAGACGUACGCGGUGCCCCUCAUCCAGCCAGACCUGAGGCGGGAGGAGGCCAUCCAGCAGGUGGCGGAUGCCCUGCAGUACCUCCAGAAGGUCUCCGCAGACAUCUUUAGCAGGAUCUCCCAGCGAGUGGAGCUGAGCCAGAGCCAGCUGCAGGCCAUCGGGGAGAGGGUCUCCUUGGCCCAGGCCAAGAUUGAGAAGAUCAAGGGCAGCAAGAAGGCCAUCAAGGUGUUCUCCAGCGCCAAGUACCCGGCUCCAGAGCACCUGCAGGAACACAGCUCCAUCUUCACGGGCGCCCAGGACCCUGGCCUGCAGAGACGCCCCCGCCACAGGAUCCAGAGCAAGCACCGGCCCCUGGAUGGGCGGGCUCUGCAGGAGAAGCUGCAGUACUUCCCGGUGUGUGUGAGCACCACGCCGCAGCCCAAGGACGCCGCCGAGGAGGGGCUGGGGGCUCUUCCCAGCAACAUCAGCUCUGUCAGCUCCUUGCUGCUCUUCAGCACCACUGAGAACCUGUACAAGAAGUAUGUCCUCCUGGACCCCCUGGUUGGUGCUGUCACAAAGCCCCAUGUGAUGCUGGGAGCAGAGACAGAGCUGUCUGAUGCCCCCUUGUCCAUCAGCAAGAGGGAGCAGCUGGAGCAGCAGGUCCCAGAGAACUACUUCUAUGUGCCAGACUUGGGCCAGGUACCCGAGAUGGACGUGCCGUCCUACCUGCCCGACCUGCCCGGCAUCGCGGAUGACCUCACGUACAGCGCUGACCUGGGGCCUGGCAUCGCCCCCUCUGCCCCUGGCACCAUUCCAGAACUGCCCACCUUCCACACACAGGUAGCUGAGCCUUUCAAGCCAGACCUAGGAGAUGGGGUGCUAAGCACACCCCCACCACCUCCACCACCACUGCCGCCUCCCCCAGCUCCUGCAGCGCUGGUCAGCACCCCCCUUCCCCAGACUGUGGCCCCUGCAGGCCAAGGUGCCAGGGAGGACGACAGCGGCAGCAGCGUGUCCCCUUCAGCUCCGGUCCAGGGAGCGCCCAGGGAGGUGGCCGAGCCCUCCAGCGGCCGGGCCUCUCUGCUGGAGUCCAUCCGCCAGGCUGGGGGCAUCGGCAAGGCCAAGCUGCGCAGCGUCAAGGAGCGCAAGCUGGAGAAGAAGAAACAGAAGGAGCAGGAACAAGUGAGAGCCACAGGCCAAGGCGGGGACCUGAUGUCGGAUCUCUUUAACAAGCUGGCCGUGAGGCGCAAAGGGAUCUCCGGGAAGGGACCUGGGUCAGAGGACGAGGAUGACUGGGAGUCCUAGGUGGCCCCAGGUGUGCCUGGACCUUCUUCCAGGAGGGGGAGGCUGGCUGCAGGCCACAGGGCUGCCGGGGCCCCACUGUGUGACUGUGCGCCACCCCUCCCCCGAGAGCUCAUCUUCCCUGAAGAGACUUGGAGAGACACGAGCACGCAGGUCAAUAAAGAGGCGUAACCAGAA